ACUCUGUGAGGAAUUUAAAGCCUUUUUGUACAGCAGAUCUAUAAUUUAAGAUUGAAGAAAAAGAAAAUGGAGGAUCUGUGUUCAGAAUUGUGAUGUGUUUCACUACUAGCCAAAAAGGUUAUAAAUUGCAGCUGUGACAUAAAGAAAUGGAAACAAAAGGCAGAGAAUCUUAACAUUCUUAUUCAGGCUAUGUUUUGAAUAUGCAAGAUAAUGCAGACCUCAGUUUUUAUGGAACAAAAAUGUGUUCAAAGCAAGUGUAAUUACUAAAACUUCGGGCCUUAAGUUUUUUGACAUGUGCAGCAAAUUGACUACUUGUUGAAAUGGACAGACAGAGGUUUCCAGAAAAUCAGAGGUGACAGAACAGACCUUUUAACACCAGAUUAAAUGAUAACACCUGGGAUCUCAUGCAACCUUUGUAUUUCCUGGAGUAUCUUCUCCGGAAGAAAAGUGUACAUUCAAAAGGCAGACAUGACUGUGUUUUCCUUUGCAGCUUACUAAGAGUGAACACGUUUUCCAAUAAUGACCAGCUUGAAGCGGUCCCAGACUGAAAGGGCUGUUGCCACUGGAAUGUCAGAUGGAACUCCUAAAGUCCAUUCGGAUGACUUUUACAUGAGACGCUUUCGGUCACAGAAUGGCAGCUUAGGAUCUUCAGUGAUGGCUCCAGUAGGUCCCCCACGCAAUGAAGGGUCUCAUCAUCUUACUUCUACUCCUGGAGUUCCUAAAAUGGGGGUUAGGGCAAGAAUUGCCGACUGGCCCCCAAGGAAGGAAACUUUAAAAGAGAACAGCAGAUCAAGUCAAGAUAUGGAUACAACAAGCUGCCUUGAUAGUAUGUCUUCAAAAAGUAGUCCUGGGAGCUCUAUUAACUUGAACGCUAGUGACUCUGUCAUGUUAAAGAGUAUCCAGAGUACACUUAAAAAUAAAACAAGACAAUCGGAUAACCUAGAUUCUAGGUUUCUUACUCCCGAUGGUUAUCACAGCUCCCCAAGGAAAGCUCUUCGUAGAAUAAGACAGCGUAGUAAUAGUGACAUCACCCUAAGUGAACUUGAUGUGGAUAGCUUUGAUGAAUGUAUCUCACCCAGCUAUAAAUCUGGGCCAUCAUUGCACAGAGAAUAUGGCAGCACCUCAUCAAUUGAUAAGCAGGGUACUUCAGGGGAUAGUUUUUUUGAUCUGUUAAAAGAUUAUAAAGAUGAUAAGUCAAAUCAGAGAGUCCUGGGUUCUAGCAAAUUCGGUGAUCUCCUUAUAGCUAGUGGAAGCAAGGGUUCAGGGUUUUCUCUGGAUGUAAUAGAUGGACCCAUCACUCAGAGGGAGAACCUCCGAUUAUUUAAAGAAAGGGAAAAACCACUGAAGAGGCGUUCAAAAUCAGAGACUGGAGAUUCUUCCAUUUUUCGAAAGCUCCGUAAUGCCAAAGCUGAAGGGGACCUAGGGAAAUCUUCGGACCUUGAGGACAGCAGAUCAGAAGACAGUGUCAAACCUUGGACUUGCCCAAAAUGUUUUGCCCAUUAUGAUGUUCAGAGCAUAUUGUUUGAUUUAAAUGAAGUGGCAGUGAACCGGCACAACGUUAUUAAGCGAAGGAAUACAACAACUGGAGCUUCUGCUGCGGCAGUUGCAUCAUUAGCUUCUGGACCUUUGUCCCAUUCUGCAAGUUUCAAUUCCCCAAUGGGCAGCACAGAAGACCUGAAUUCCAAAGGAAGUCUCAAUAUGGAUCAGGGAGAUGAUAAAAGUAAUGAUCUUGUGAUGAGUUGUCCUUAUUUUCGUAAUGAGAUUGGUGGGGAAGGAGAAAGAAAGAUCAGUCUCACCAAAUCUAACUCUGGAUCUUUCAGUGGCUGUGAAAGUGCCUCUUUUGAGUCUGCUCUUAGCUCUCAUUGCACAAAUGCAGGAGUAGCUGUACUUGAAGUGCCCAAAGAAAACCUGAUGUUACACUUGGACAGAGGGAAAAGAUACAUUGUUGAACAUGUGGAUCUUGGUGCAUACUAUUUUCGGAAAUUCUUCUACCAGAAAGAGCACUGGAACUAUUUUGGGGCAGAUGAGAACCUUGGACCUGUCGCUGUCAGUAUCAGAAGAGAAAAACCUGAGGAAAUCAAAGAGAAUGGGUCUCAAUACAACUACCGCAUCAUUUUCAGAACCAGUGAGCUUACAACACUCAGAGGCUCUGUUUUGGAAGAUGCAAUACCUUCAACUGCAAAGCACUGCACAGCUAGAGGACUGCCCUUGAAAGAAGUGCUUGAACAUGUGAUUCCUGAAUUGAAUAUUCAUUGCCUCCGAUUGGCCUUCAACACUCCUAAGGUCACAGAACAACUUAUGAAACUUGACGAACAAGGGCUAAGCUAUCAGCUUAAAGUGGGGAUCAUGUACUGCAAGUCUGGACAAAGCACAGAAGAAGAAAUGUACAAUAAUGAAUCGGCAGGCCCAGCCUUUGAAGAAUUUCUUCAGUUACUGGGAGAACGAGUUCGACUCAAGGGAUUUGAAAAAUACCGUGCUCAACUAGACACCAAAACUGACUCAACUGGCACCCACUCUCUUUAUACAACAUACAAGGAGUAUGAAAUCAUGUUCCACGUUUCCACCAUGCUGCCGUACACACCGAACAACAAGCAGCAGCUCUUAAGAAAACGGCAUAUUGGAAAUGACAUUGUGACCAUAGUUUUCCAAGAACCUGGAGCAGAGCCAUUCAGCCCAAAGAAUAUUCGUUCUCACUUUCAGCAUGCCUUUGUUAUUGUCCGAGUGCACAAUCCUUGCACUGACAAUGUCUGUUACAGUGUUGCUGUGACAAGAUCCAGAGAUGUGCCAUCGUUUGGACCACCUAUCCCUAAAGGCAUCACCUUUCCCAAAUCAAAUGUGUUCAGGGACUUUUUGCUAGCUAAAGUGAUCAAUGCUGAGAAUGCAGCUCAUAAAUCAGAGAAGUUCCGUGCCAUGGCCACCCGAACCCGUCAGGAAUACUUGAAGGAUCUGGCAGAAAAGAAUGUCACAAAUACACCAAUUGACCCUUCUGGAAAAUUCCCCUUCAUCUCACUUGCCUCUAAAAAGAAGGAAAAGUCCAAGCCUCUUCCAGGAGUAGAACUCCACAGUUCUGGUGCUAUUAUUUGGAGUCUUCGUGCUAAAGACUAUUGCAAGGGCAUAGAUAUAGACUGUCUCCUAGCCAUCUCUAAUGAAUUUGCUGUUAUCAUUGAACAGGAUACAAAGAGUGUUGUGUUUAAUUGUUCCUGCAGAGAUGUAAUAGGGUGGACUUCAACAGACACAAGUGUCAAAAUUUUCUAUGAAAGAGGUGAAUGUGUUUAUGUGGAAAGUUUCAAAAACCCUGAAGAUAUCAAAGAGAUUGUCAAAAGGCUAGAGCUUGUAACAAAGGGCUGUGAGUCAGUGGAAAUGACUUUACGUCGGAAUGGUCUUGGCCAGCUUGGCUUCCAUGUGAACUAUGAAGGAAUUGUGGCAGAUGUUGAACCCUAUGGCUAUGCUUGGCAGGCUGGAUUGCGGCAAGGCAGCAGACUAGUGGAAAUCUGCACUGUAGCUGUAGCUACUUUAAGUCACGAGCAAAUGAUUGAUCUCUUGCGGACAUCUGUUACUGUGAAGGUUGUCAUUAUCCCGCCACAUGAGGAUUGUACCCCACGAAGAAGUUUUUCGGAAACUCAUCGUAUGCCAGUAAUGGAAUACAAAAUGAAUGAUGGUGGAGUUCCUUAUGAGUUCAAAUUCCCCUUCAGAAAUAAUAACAAAUGGCAGCGAAAUGUCAACAAGGGACAGGGGUCUCACAUGCAACAGUUACCAUCACAGAUGCAGAGUCCAAUUACCACGAGGGGUGCCUCAGGGAAAAGUGAAGGGAAAAUGCCUCCUCCAGAGCGAGCAGCAAACAUUCCACGCAGCAUUUCUAGUGAUGGGCGUCCACUGGAGAGUAGGAGAUUGUCCCCUGGUUCUGAUGUUUACGUCACUGUAUCAUCCAUUGCCUUAGCAAGAUCACAGCAGUGCCGUAACUCCCCCAGCAACUUGUCAUCUUCAAGUGAAACUGGCUCUGGUGGCAGUACUUACAGACAAAAAUCAAUGCCUGAAGGGUUUGGAAUAAGUCGAAGAUCCCCUGCUUCUAUUGAUCGACAGAACACAGACACUAGCGGCAGUGGCAAAUCCACCCCUAGCUGGCAGAGAAGUGAGGAUAGCAUUGUUGACCAAAUGGAACCAACAUGCCAUCUCCCUGCUUAUUCAAAAGUGCUGCCGUCCUUCAGAGAAAGCCCCACUGGGAGACUGAUGAGGCAGGAUCCGGUAGUUCACUUGUCUCCAAAUAAGCAAGGCCAUUCUGAUAGCCACUACUCCAGCCAUUCAAGCAGCAAUACUCUCUCCAGCAAUGCUUCUAGCAUCCAUAGUGAUGAGAAGUGGUACGACAGUGGAGACAGAACUGAGUCAGAGCUGAAUAGCUACAACUAUCUUCAAGGCACUUCUGCUGACAGUGGCAUCGAUACCACCUCAUAUGGCCCCAGCCAUGGCAGCACAGCCUCCCUGGGCAACUCAGCAACAUCUCCCCGAUCAGGACUUGUGAAAGAGAAAGUGGCACCACUGUGGCACAGUUCCAGUGAAGUAGUUUCCAUUGCAGACCGAACUUUAGAAAAAGAAAGCCACAUGAUGGACAGAAAGACAGAAUCUUCAUUAAGCUUGGACAUUCAUACCAAAAAUCAACCAGCCUCCAAUCCUUUGACAAGAGAGAACAGUGCUUUUAGUCUUAGUGAUGCUGUUUCCCAUGCAAGUACCAUGGGUUCUCGACACUCUGCCAGUCCUGUUGUUUUUACCAGUGCCAGAAGUUCACCUAAAGAAGAGCUUCAUUCUGCCACUUCCCCACAGCUUGCACCCUCCUUCUCCUCCUCUUCUUCCUCCUCGGGCCCUAGGACUUUCUACCCACGCCAGGGUGCUACUAGCAAGUACCUGAUCGGAUGGAAAAAACCUGAAGGGACAAUAAAUUCGGUGGGGUUUAUGGACUCAAGAAAGCGUCACCAGAGUGAUGGUAAUGAAAUGGCUCAUCCUAGAUUGCGUGCAUCAGCCAGAGACCUUCGAGCCUCGCCAAAGCAUGCCUCUAAGUCAAAUAUUGAAGAAGAGCUGAAGAAGCUGAUAGAUCUGGACAGUCCAACACCAGAGUCUCAGAAAAACUUCAAGUCACCGUUCCCUAGCACUCCCACGUCAAGGCGGGCAUUGCAGAGGACUCUGUCAGAUGAAAGUAUUUACAGCAGUCAAAGGGAGCACUUCUUCCCAUCAAGAGCUUCUCUUCUGGACCAAGCCCUUCCAAAUGAUGUUCUUUUCACCAGCACAUACCCUUCUCUUCCCAAAUCAUUGCCCUUAAGAAGGCCAUCAUACACAUUAGGAAUGAAAUCUUUGCAUGGAGAAUUUUCAGCCUCCGACAGUUCCCUUACAGAUAUGCAGGAGCAGAGAAGGCAGCCCAUGCCAGAGUCAGGUCUCAUGCCCCUACCUGAUUCUGCUUCUGACUUAGACUGGUCCAACUUGGUAGAUGCUGCCAAAGCCUUUGAAGUCCAGCGAGCCUCAUAUUUUGCCACUAGUGAUGAAAACCACAGACCUGUCAGUGUUGCUUCUAAUAAUGAUCAAGGUGAUGACCAGCUUCCUGUACAAAUAAAGCCUUACACUGGGAAAGAAUCUCCUCCUUCUCUUGCUUCCAAAGUGAGCCAGCUGGAAAGUAUGCUGAGAAUGCUACAGGAGGAUUUAAAGAAGGAAAAAGAAGACAAAGCCAAUCUUCAGGCUGAAGUGCAACAUUUGAGGGAAGACAAUAUACGGUUACAGGAAGAAUCCCAGAAUGCCUCUGAGAAACUGAAGAAAUUCACUGAAUGGGUUUUCAACACAAUUGAUAUGAGCUAAGAAUAGCAUACAUGAAACAAACGCAUUGGCAAACAGACAGAAUAUCUCUGUAGAGGGACUUAAGCUUUAAUACCACCCAAACCGUGACUUCAAAAGCCCAAUCAGAGCACUUUCACAUGUUUUGUACUCUGAUUAUAACCCUGCUUUUCCCCCCAUCUCUGCAAGCACCCAGAACAAUUGCAGAUCAAACAAUCAUUAUCUGCCUUUUAUACAAAAAAAGCAAAAAAAGUGAUUUUAAAGAAAAUAAAAAAUUAACUUCUGAAA